CAGUUCACGAUUCACAAAUCACAGAAUUGCAGCUUGACUUGAGCUAGCAUUCUGUUGUUUGUAAGUGAUUUUGCUGUGAAAUUAUAAAAGGUUCGGUUAUUUAUUGGGUAGAUUCAGAAUAAGGUUGUGUUUAACAGAAAGUAGAAAACUACUUUAAAACCAAUUAUAAAUAUGUCGAGUGAUACAGCAAAGAACUUUUCAAACCUAGAAACCCCAGGAUAUGUUGGGUUUGCAAAUUUACCCAAUCAAGUGCAUAGGAAGUCUGUUAAAAAAGGGUUUGAGUUCACCCUCAUGGUAGUGGGUGAGAGUGGUCUGGGCAAAUCCACUCUAGUUAACUCACUGUUCUUGACUGACUUGUACCCAGAAAGAGUUAUUCCAGAUGCAACUGAAAAGUUAAACCAGACCGUGAAGCUAGAUGCAUCUACAGUUGAGAUUGAAGAGAGGGGUGUUAAGCUGCGAUUGACUGUCGUUGAUACUCCCGGCUAUGGAGAUGCUAUUGACAAUACUGACUGUUUUAAGUCAAUUAUACAAUACAUUGACGAGCAAUUUGAGAGAUUCCUGCGUGACGAGAGCGGCCUCAACCGGCGGAACAUUGUCGACAAUCGGAUUCACUGCUGCUUUUACUUCAUAUCUCCGUUUGGACAUGGUUUGAAGCCUCUGGAUAUUGAAUUCAUGAAACAAUUGCAUAAUAAAGUAAACAUCGUGCCUGUCAUCGCUAAAGCUGAUUGUCUCACCAAGAAAGAGGUGCAGAGGCUCAAGUCAAGGGUUAUGGAAGAAAUAGAGAGAGAAGGUAUUAAAAUCUACCCACUACCAGAUUGCGAUAGUGAUGAGGAUGAAGAUUAUAAAGAACAGGUCCGGCAACUAAAAGCGGCGGUCCCGUUCGCGGUGUGCGGCGCGGGCCAGCAGCUGGAGGUGCGCGGGCGGCGCGUGCGCGGCCGGCUCUACCCCUGGGGCGUGGUCGAGGUCGAGAACCCGGAGCAUUGCGACUUCAUCAAGCUGAGGACUAUGCUCAUCACUCACAUGCAAGACUUGCAAGAAGUGACCCAAGAGGUGCACUACGAGAACUAUCGCUCCGAGAGGCUCGCUAGAAACGGACAAGUGCCGAAACGACACACAUCCACGGAGAGCGGCCUGAGUGAGGAUUCUAACGGCCUCGCCAAUGGCAACAAUGAAGAUUCCUCUGAACGCGAGAAAGUUCUUCGCGAAAAGGAGGCUGAACUGCGUCGUAUGCAAGAGAUGCUGGAGCAGAUGCAGCGGCAGAUGCAGUUGCAGGCCGCCGCCAACACCACGUCCGCAUAGUGCUUGCUGCACGCACAGUUGGAUAACAACACGGCGGUCCAACUGCUUGAUUCGUGUGACGUCGUCAAUUCAAUACUACGCGCCAUCCCCUACUGCGUAACUUCCAAUUAGAGAUUCAUAUUCUAUGGUCGGUUACAAAGUUUCACCGACCGUCAGUGCGUACCAUCGGCCCUGACGAUACGCAUUGACCGACCGUCAGUUUGUAUCAUUCAGUGCUCUGCGUACCAGUCAACUGACCAGACCUGGUAUCGGUGUUCAUGACGACGCAUGCGCAUAGUCAGUGCACCGGUCGGUACAGCACUGAACGCGUUCAUUUGUUUGAAACAAAUUGUCAUUGAGAUAAUAUUACUACGUAUGGAGGAGACACCACGAACAAAAUCUGUGCGCCAUUUUUUUUUCUCUAACUAAGUUUUAAAAAUUAUUAUCUAGUUAGGUACUUACCG